ACUGUCUUGUCGUCGUACAAACGAUUAUGUCUUCCCAUUCUCUCAACGUCAUAUGACAGAAUGUGUUCGUUACUUUCCAGAACAAGUGCUGUCCCUUGCCAGGACUCCCUACCCGGAAGCCAAAAUGCACGGUGUGCGGUCUGGGUUAGCUAGUCUGACACUACACCGGCUGGGCUAGCUGAACAGCUCACUUCGUUCGUCUCAGUUGCUCGACAAUGGCGGAUUAACAAGUUCAGCGAGCCAUUCUCCGCGCCUGUAGUGGAAUAUGCAAAAACCAUGCAGGUCCUUACAGGACUUGUGGUGAUAUUUGGAUUUUUUCUGGAAAUAUGGGAUCCCGCGACGGGAAUCGAAGUAUGCGAAGAAAACCAUCCAGUGAACCUGAACGGGGUGAAUAUAUGUGCCAAUCCGUCAAAGAGUCAGGAAUCGCUGCAGAUGAACUGCUCAAAUGAAAGCAUUGUCAUCAAGGAUAUCUUCAUCGGUUCGAAGGCGGUGGAUGUUGUCUGCAAGAAGGUUCCGACCAGUAUGAAUCCGACGGAAAGGGAAAAGUGUUGCAGAUACCAUUCCAGUGAUCUACUGUUUGAUUCCAAGUGUCCUGGAAUUCAGAACGCAACUGGCCCUCUGUCCCACUACCUGUAUUCUGACACUAUCACCUCGUGCAGCGGGCAGAGACACUGCGACAAGAAACUCACCUAUAAGAUUCCCUUGCCUAAAGAGUCUUCACGCCGAGAUUUUGCGGACUAUGUUCGAGUGUUCUAUGACUGUGUACCAGAUACUGCGAGUAUUGGAUUCUGUGAAUCUAGGUCAAUUACUGGCAAUACCGUCAGCCUCCGAUACGAUGAAACCACAACUGACGAGAGUGAUGAGAAGACAUUACACGACUGUUCUUGUCACGUGACGUCAGUCGGCUCUGAGCCAAUCAAAAUAACAGCCUUGGACAUCCGGCUUCAGGACAAGACGGACGACAUGGAGUGUCACUAUACCAAACUUAGUGUAGUAGAUGCAAAGAAUAAAAAUGACAUUUUUAAAAACAUUUUCUGCCUUGACAAGGAAUUCAUAUUCGGGGUUCCUGUGUUGAAUACGACACAGUCCAAAGACAUUCGUGUAACGCUUGGGCCAAUAAAGAAAAAAGAGUAUCCGUCCUUUGUGUGGUUGCAGAUAGCAGGCACAUCCAACAGAACUCGAGUGACCGUAACCUGUAAUGGGCCGACAACAGAGACGAGUAAUGGAACGCUACCUGAGGCUAUAGUGAUUGCUAUUAUCAGUGCUGUGAUACUGACUGGGAUUAUCGUGACCAUCAUCGCGCUCUGUAAAAAAAGGCAACACCGCGAGUACAACCCGCCGCAGCCAGAGAACAUCUACUUUGAGCUGGAGACCCCGGAAGAGAAGUACGACCAGAUUCAGUUGAAGCAACUCCAGGGCUCCGAGCCCCUAAAACCAGAUCCAAGUUACGGCAGAUUGAACUACGGAAAUCCUGAGGAGAGCCACUAUGCUGAGCCCGACAAGCUCAACGGCAAGACUCCAACCUGUCUCAUAGACAAUGACUAUGCAACGCCGGAUUCUUGUAGGUCUUGACAAAGUGCAAAGGAAUAGUGCUUACCAAUGGCGUGGGAAGCCAAGGCUGUGUGUACGGUGUUUACCAAAGGACAUUUGUGUGUUUCCUUAUGUGAUUGUUAAACAUAAUUAUUAUCACCAGGUUAAACCAAAUUAGAAGGAGCAAGAUUCGUUGAUGCUUGUGGACGUGUUUGUUGGGUUCGAUUUACAUUAAGAAGCAUCUUUGUGCCGUGUAAUAAACCCCAUUACACAUUUGAGUAUCCCCAAUUGAUAAAUAACGAUGGAAUUGAUUACUAUUUUGUUGUAAGAAAGGUAUUUGAAGAUACUCCACUUCAAAGAAUUUGGAACAACAUCAUUAGAGGUAAUAGUAUUCGGAGAACCGGAAUAAGGAAACGGUAGCGACCUAACUACAGUGAUUUGGUCGUAAUGGAAGCAUGCGGCGUAUCUUCCUCUAGAGAUCUAACAAGGGAUGACCAUCUGUGUUAUUAUGGGACCAUCGAGAGCAUUAUGCAUGGAUGUUCGGCCCCACGGUGGUGACAAUAUCCCCACCUGUCAAUCAAACCUUCUGGUCAUGGCAUAACCAAGCUGGCGGAUUAGUCAAGCUGAAGGAAUAUUCAUACAGAAUCACGGACCCUUACAACAGUGGCCCUAGCAUUUCCAUUCUGAUGCUCUGACAGAAGCUCUGCCCAGGAGUAUUUCAUUAUCUAAACAAUGGUCGCGUGAUAACGGUUUAUGGUUAUACAUAAGCACCGUGUUGUAUGAGAAUUAAAUGAUGUUUUUUCCGCAGAUCCAGGAAAUAAAACCUUCGUGAUCUAUAGCUAUCGAUUAUGUGCUAUCUAUGGACCAGAAAGCUAUUUACUGUCAAGGGAUAACAACAUAUGAUUGCUGUCUGUAAGUGGAUUUUACCCUGAGUAUGGGAGACUGAAUAUUUCCCUCACAUUGACCUCCCGUAGUGACCAAACCACGGAGUGAUAUCGUUUUGAGAAAUGCGUAUGGACAAAUAAGUCAUUAACCAAACUACUUAUGCAUUUCGGAAGCAAUUGAUUAUGGAUAUGUAAACAGAAAGAUCUUAUCGGCUUAUCUGUGGGCUUGUGGGGUGAUACUGUUACUGCUUGGUAUUCGACGAUGUAAUCGUACCUUGAUUUCAUGUUGUAUUCAUGACAAUGAUCAGUGUCCCCAAUCUACUAAUUAAGCGAAAAACGAUGCAUGGGAUAAUGUUAGGGUUUGGCUGAUGGAGUAACGUCAAAAGCAUGGGGGUACAAAACUUGGGAUAUAGUCACAUCUGCUCCACAAAAACAUGGCCAUUUUUCUGUAUGAUAAAUUGUAUGAUAUUGUAUAAAGUUUGAUUUUUGUACAGCACACCUUUAAAAAACAAACAUAAUUUAAUACAUUAUGUACAUAAUGUAUUUAUAUAAAUGUUUUUUGAAAAAUAAUGUAUGAUAGAGUUUUGCGGUAUAUUAAACGCUAUUGUUAUUAUGUACAACUUGAUGAUGACCCUUUUCUAGUAUAUAUUUGAUAUUUUUUAUUAAAACCUAUCCUAAUGUUCAAGAGUAAAUGUUUGGAUGACGUUUUACAGCUGAAGGUGCGCGCAUAACUGUCUAGAGUUACACUUUUCCAUCCACAUGUCCAGAUUUGAUCAACAUUGCCAGACAAUUAAGCAAUUGCCAACUCAAUACGACCGUCUGUGUAGAAUGAUAGGUUUAAAUGUAUAAAUGUAACGUUUUAUGAUGAUAUGCAUGCUGGUUCAAAUGCCUUAAGUAUAUUGAAUGUAUAAAACAAUCAGCGAGAAGUAUGUGUACAUGAAACUACACUCACGACAAUGACCAUCUACUUACUUACAAAACAACGCUGUUUCUGAAAUACACACCCUGUCACAGGCUUGUAGAUUUUUAUAUUAACAUUAAUCAGACUUUGUUCUUUUCAUUGUGUUGGGGCUGUGUGGUAGCCUAGUAGGGAAAGCGUUCGUCCGUCACGCGACCCGAGUUCGAUUCCCCACAUGUCUGGUGUCCCCCGCCGUGAUAUUGAUGGAAUAUUGCUAAAAGCGGCGUAAAACCAUACUCACUCACCCAUUUCUUUGUGUAAGAGGAACCAAUAUGCUUUUUGGAAGUAGUUAUGUUGGACAUGAUCGAUAGGUGAGAUUUCUUUGGUCGUAUUUUACGGACGCUUUAAUCACUGUUCCCGUUAAUGACGCGAAUGGUGCUUUGAUCGUUCGAAACUCACUGCAAAGGGACAUAUGCAUUGUUACUAUUAAGCCAAUGAUUUUAAAAUAUUAUGAUAUGGUAGAUGAAGCUGAAUCGAUAGCUUUUGCCUCGCCGUAAAUUUUUACAAAUAUGCAUUUGAAAAUGUGUAUUUUUUGGUAAAUAUGACAUGGACGUUAUACAGCUGCACAUUGUAUGUUUCAAAUGUUUUUUCCCAGACAAGUCCUGUCUGGUUUGAUCAUGGACAUCGUAAUUGCAAUAUUCAUGUUUUCAUUUCUUUGGAAACAUUUUCAUGGGUGAUUUGUAGAUUUGAAAUGAUGCUUUAAUAUUUCGUUGUGCUUGCAUGCUUGAAGGCUUGUGUGUUUUGUGUACAUGUGAUGCGUUAUUAAUAUAUUGGUUGAGUUUUAAAAAUAUUGAUAAUGAUAUUUUAAAGGAAAUUAUUCCCUUCUGCCAAAAACUUUGCUCAAAGCAGAUUGUUAGGAAGACCUCGGUUUUAGCUGUUACGUGUUUACUUUCCUCACACGCUAUUACAACACUGAUUAAAUACCUUUUCUUUGCCGUCAAGACGAUAUAAUAUCAAAAUUACAAACAGAAAUAAAACAUAAAUUUCUUUGUGAGUAAUUUAUAAAUUACAAAUCUCUUUAUGGCAUACGUUCUUUCAGCGCAAUACACCGAAGGGGUCAUUUUUAUUCGGUUCGUAUUAAAGCCAAAGGCAUAAAUCUCAUGUAUUUCUGGUUUUGGUUGGAACAACAGUAGAGCUGCUCUGUAUGUUGAGGGUAUGUUGUUGAUAUCGAUAUGUCACUUGAUACUUAUCCCUUCUUCAUUCGGCUCGCCUGUUUCACAGAUUAUCUCGGUCAGCAUUAGGAAGCAUCCAUAUUGCAAGUGGAUUUAUUAGUUUCACUCGUUCCUGUGACUAUCACGUUACACUACGGUCGUGCUCCUCGGAUAAAUGCUGCUGCAAGUUGCAUUUGAAACUGUGCACUUGAUUCUAGUAAUCAUUGUCUAAGGUUGUCGUUGAGCUGAAUGUUGAGGAAGAGGAUUUUUAUGGAUGUCAACUUCUUCAUUAUGAGGAACAUAAAAACUCUCUUCCUCAUGUGUAUCACUUCUAAAUGCCAUUCAGAGACUUGAAUGUCGAUGUUUCGGUCGGUAUUCGGCUUACCCCUAAAGCAUACAAUCUCCCUUCUCCAGUGCGACCCGAGGUUUGGUGUAUGUAACGGAAUCAGCCGAGUGGACUCGAAUGACCGCACAGUGGAGGAAUUUACGGGAACGGGAAAAAUACAUGCAGACAUUUAUUAUUUCAUUUCCUUACUUGAUCCGUUACAUACUGAUGUUCCUCUAAUAAAAGUUGUUAUUGUUACUUGAGCCUACCACCGCGAGACACGUGUAUGUUUGUGAUUGGUUGCUUGUUAUUGUUACACAUUUGAAAUUGGUGCUGAUGUUACUUGGUUGUCCCGCCUUGAGCUUCCCACGUCUCACUGCUUUGUCCUGACCCUCAUUUGUUCCCACCGAUGACUGGACCAUGUAGCGUGAGCUUGUUUAAUUAUUUCUGAUUAUCAUUGGCAGCCGCUUUCAUUACCAACCUGCAUUAUCAGUGGUAAUAUAAUAUCAUAUAUAUUAGAAGCAAAACAUAACACGCUCCUAUUUCACUAUGCUAAACCAGCUUUCAUCAUUAGCUAUGAAGUGUAUGUAAUUAUGGGUAUUGCUUACACUAAAACCUUUGACUGUUUUGUCAUAUAUAAGAUGGAUGUCAGUCCCGAAUCUGUAUUGGCGUUUUCCCCCACUGUUACCAUGGUUACGUCACAUUCACGUCAUAAUGCAUGAUUGAUGUGCGAGACCUACAAUUAGUUAUGUAAUGCCGUCACAGAGCUGAAAUCACCCUUGGAUUUUUAUUGAGUUUAUUUUAUUGAAUCCGUUUCCAUGGUUAUUUCGAUAAUACCGGAAUACAUGGUACAUGCUUUUGUGAUAUUAACUCUCUUCUCCCGCCAAGCUGGCGCGAUUGAUUCUUUCUGUAAUUGUCACGAUUUUGUUUCAUUACUCAAAGUAAUUGCAUCGUUUUCUGUGUUUAUGCCUCUGUGACUUUGCACAGCCAAGUCGGUUUUUCACGUGCAGUUUUGAGGUACAAUAAUUCAUGCACCAACUGUUAUGAUUGAAGACGUUUUUGCAGACAUAGUCAUUCAAACACAUUAUGCCAAAGACUGUAUUAAACCACGUUGAUUACUCAUAUUAAACCUUAUUGAUUACUCACGACUUGGUUGUGGAUAGUGUAUUGAGACCAUGUUCGCUUCAGCUUAGGGGUUUAACCCAGUCUUCAAGCCCUGUGGCUGUUGGGCGCCAUGUUAAGUUAUCAACUCAUUACACACUGAAUCACGACAUUCGACUCGGGAAAUGACUGCUUGUGUUUCCAGUAACAAUCCAUCUUGUUCCCUGACGUAUCAACCCAUAACCUGUAGUCAAUAAAUCCCAUGUGAUCGCGCAUAAUAACAAAAUAACAAUACCUGACCCUUUAUUUGAAAGAUGUAGCUUGAAUUCAAUUAACCUGCUUAAGUGGGCCAGGUUAGCUCGUUCCUGAGCGAACUUAGGCGUAAAUGAACGUGACCUAUUAUAUCCAUCAGUACAAGGUCAGUGGUAGAAAUAUGUAACACCCGUGCCUUUCAGAAAGAAAUUAUCCGGUGUAAUAGAUGCAUGAUAAUACACACAUUAGGGAUUCCAGCAAUAUUCUGAUAUCCAGUGCUAGAACGUGUACUGCGGAGCUGCUUGUUCCUGUGUAGAACUAGAAUCUUUGUGCAACGUUACGGCCACUUUUACACUUUUUAAAAUUGCUUUACUGAGACACACGCCAUACUUUGUUUCUUGUCUUAGUAUCAAAUUAUUUAAAAUUGAUUCAUAUUUUGUAUUUAUUCGAUAGACAAUUUCCGUUGAAAAUAAUUCAAUUAAUAACCAGUCUGUCUUCAUAUUUGUCUCAUGAAUUGAUUUCUGAGCUAUGAAAUAUGACAUGUCAGAAAGUACAGGACUUUGUGUUCUUAAAGAAAUCAUCAAAUUAGAUCAAAUUAAAACAUGUACAUGUUUCAGCACUAUUUCUUUCGUUUACGAAAACGAAAAGCACUGAAAUGAAAUGACGAUUCUUACACCUUCUGCGUUACACUAUACUGUAAUAUAACACGUGUAAAAAACCUGUACAAUUUUCCCUUGCAGUAAGUUAACCAUGUACAUAUUAUACUGUUUAUAAUCGCAUGCAUAUAGACAGUGCAUUUGUAUGAUGACUUUGAUGAAGUGAUUCAAACAUUCAAUGAUAUUUGAUUUAUUGUUUUCUACUUGCUCAAUAAAAUUGACAUUUUA